GUCAGGGGCCCCGGCACGCUUCCGUGGAGGCCUGGACCCGUUCGUUUCUCCAGCCCAGCCCCUGCCCGUCUGGACAGGGCCCCCCGCUGCCUGUGGAUGAGCCAUCGGACCUCCUCCGCCUUCAGAGCGGAGAGAAGUUUCCGUUCUUCUUCCUCCUCCUCCUCUUCCUCCUCCUCUUCUUCGGCCUCCCGUGCCCUUCCAGCCCAGGACCCACCCAUGGAGAAGUCCUUGAGCAUGUUUUCAGACGACUUUGGCAGUUUCAUGCUGCCCCACUCGGAGCCCCUGGCCUUCCCAGCCCGUCCUGGGGGCCAAGGAAAAAUCAAGACCCUUGGGGACGCCUACGAGUUUACAGUGGACAUGAGAGACUUCUCCCCUGAAGACAUCAUCGUCACCACCUUCAACAACCACAUCGAGGUGCGGGCUGAGAAGCUGGCAGCUGAUGGCACAGUCAUGAACACCUUUGCUCACAAGUGCCAACUACCAGAGGAUGUGGACCCGACAUCGGUGACCUCGGCCCUACGAGAGGAUGGUAGCCUCACCAUCCGGGCUCGGCGUCACCCCCACACAGAACAUGUCCAGCAGACCUUCCGGACGGAGAUAAAAAUCUGAGGGUCUCCCCACCCCUGGCCUCCCCCCUAUCUCCUCCCCCACUGGCCUGCCGGUGAGGUCACCAUGAUCCCUGACAAUGACCCCUCAGAACAUCUCAGCCUAGGCCCCAGUCACUCCACACACUCUCAGGCCCCAGGUGGGUCACCCCUGCCCCAAACUAGGGCAUUCCUCUCCAUCCAAGGCAGUCCAGGGACCUGCCUGCUCUCACCCAGAUAGACCCUCCCUAUCUAAGUUCACAAUAGAAGGGCUGAGGUACCGACCUGGGGAGCAAGACGAGGACAGAGGCUGUAACACAGAGUGGCGGCUUCAAUGGCAUUUCUGCCGGGCAGGGGACCAGAAGCCCCUUCCUGGCAAAUGAGAGGCUGGCCACAAGCAGGGCUUCUGGCCUAGGUAGCCUGCCUCAGGGAAGCCAGAGAGAUAGCCAUGACUGUCACCUCCCUUGUAACUCUCGAAGCCUCAAACCCAGGGCUACCUGUCACCCUGAGGCUCUAACAGCUACAUGUACCAGACAAAGACACCUGUACUUAGAUGGGGUUUAUUAAAAUGACAUGAGGCUCCUAUCUCCAGCUGCUGGUGUGUGAGGCCAGAGCCCCGGGCUCCUGGGUGGCUUUCCUGCAGAGAGGGUCCUCUUUGGAAGUGAGAGGAAGAGCUAGAACUUGUACACACACACACACACACACACACACACACACACACACACACACACACACACCAUUGUUCUAUGCCUUAAAUACUCGUUCCCACUGGUUGGAGCCCAAUUCAAAGCAUUCUAGAGUCACUGUUUUCAUCAAUGGAGACUGGCGUCUCUGAGCCAGUUGGAUGCCCAGGUUUGUCUCUGAAGCCAGCGCUGCCUCAGCGGCUCUCAGACUCUCCCCUCUGUGUACUGGGGACACUUCCCCCACCCAUUCCACCUCUCCUGAGCCACAUGCCCUGCUUCACCCUAACUGCAGAUGGUGGCCACAGGAAGAACCCCAAACCAGAUCUCUUCUGGCCCCCAAUCCAGGGCAAAAACCCUCGUCAGCCUUAACCCUGGGGAACCUGGGCUCUGACUCAGUCUCCGCGUGUAGAAUCGGGUGUAAAAGGGGGAAGCUCACUGUUAAUCAGGGUUCCUGGGGCCUCUACAGUCUUGGGACCCUGUGGAGGAGGGGGUGGGGGUGGGGUCGUGGGAGUCUAGUCUUUAUAACCUGUAUACAAUAAAAGGACAAUAUGA